AUCUCCUCCUCCUCCUCGCUCCCUCUCUUCAUCCUGCAAACCUUUCCACAACCCAACCACUGCGCUGCGCUCUCCGGUCCACCCCAAUGGAGGAGGAGCACUGUGCCAACAACUGGGACCUGCACGCCGUCGUGCGCUUCGGCUGCCGUCGCGCCCUGUCCCCGCCGACGCCGCGGCGGCACGACCCCUUCGCCACGUUCCUGCCGCCGCCGCCUGUAAAAGAGCAGCCGGUCGACGCCGGCUGGUGCUUUCCGGACCUCGGCGCCGGGUUCGGACAGGACGCCGACGAGCUGCUCAAGGCCUUCUGCGCCCCACCUUCUCCGCCGCAGCUGCCUCCACCUCUUCCGCCGCAGCAGCUGCCCGUGUCUCCUCCUCCGCCGCCACCGCCAAAGCAGCAACAGCAGCAGCAGGCGAUGAUGGCACCGGCGGAGGUGCCGCUCCAGACAGCUGCUGCUGCUCCGGCGCCGAGGGCGCAGCCUAGCGGGCGGCAGGCUUCCGGCGGCGUGCCGAGAUCCAAGAGAAGGAAGAACCAGCAGAAGAAGGUGGUGUGCCACGUCGCGGCGGACGCCGUGUCCUCCGACGUCUGGGCGUGGCGCAAGUACGGCCAGAAACCCAUCAAGGGCUCCCCCUACCCAAGGGGGUACUACCGGUGCAGCACCGCCAAGGGCUGCCCGGCGCGGAAGCAGCUGGAGCGCAGCCGGGCCGACCCCAACACCUUCAUCCUCACCUUCACGGGCGACCACAACCACGCCGCGCCCACGCACCGCAACUCGCUCGCCGGCACCAGCCGCCACAAGUUCCCCGCCACGUCCUCCUCCUCCUCCGCGCGGCCCCGGCCUCCGCCGCCGUCGGUCGUGGCGGCGGGCGAGGCGCACCCCUCGACGUCCGCGGGCCUCUCGCCCACCACGCCGCUGCGCGCGUCGUCCUCCUCCGAGGACGAGGACGAGCUGCUCGUCGAGGACAUGGAGAUGGCCGGCGAGGACGACCUCCUCUUCCUCAGCGGCGAAAGCGACAACGCCGCCACGCCGCUGUCCUCGCUCUUCGACGUCGACGAGCCCUUCUUGGGCUCGCCCUGGACAGAGAUGGCCACUGGGGCUGCGGGCGACGCCGGGAGUUGACCUGCUGAUCUUGGCUUCUCGUAGAGGAGGGGAUGGGAAGAAAGAUGAAGAGAGCAUCUGAUCCACCACUACAGUUUAGAGGGAGUAGUUUUUAGCAUUGGUAGUCAGAGCUUCUUCAUCAUUCUUCCUCUCCGGCUCAAAACAAUCUCUGUCUCUCUCCUUAUUUUUGCUGCUCCUUUUUUAGGUAUGGAUGAAACUUUGCAUCUCUUUUCCUUAGAUGUCUGAUUUAUACAGUUGUAUAUAGAAAGUGGCAGAUGAUGAACCAA